AUGACUCCUGUUUCCAGAUUAACAAUACAUGACGAGUUGGAUGAAGGUAUCCUACAUACAGGAACUACUCAUACACUUAAUCAUUUUUCCAUUUAUAAUUUCAGUAAUAUUUCUAUUAACAAAAUACACUUUGAUGUCCUGAGUAAAGGAUUCAAAUUUAUUCCUAACAUGAAAGGCGACCUAGUUCAGACUAUAAUAGAUAUGAAGCUGUUCUUAAGGAAGGUGAAUUUACAGGUCACACUACCCCCUAGGAUUUUGGACGUUGGUUCCCAACAAAGCAUGCUAACUAGGAAAAGUACAUUUAAUCCACCCUAUCACCCCCAAAUAAAAAACUUAGAUUCUAUAUUGGAGAAGAAAAUUAGAGAAGAAUUUAAAUUUAUAGUUAAAGAGCAUAAUAUUACAGAAGAAGAAUCUAAGAUGUUGAAUGAGUUAAGGUUUAAUAAUCAAAUUAGAAUUAUGAAACCGGAUAAAGGGGGAGGGGUGGUUAUUAUGGAAAAUAUUAUCUACGAUGGAAAAAUGAAUAUGAUUCUAGUCAGUUGUGUAAAAGGAGUGCCUUCCUCAAAUUUUUUGAGAGCUGCAGCUGGAGUGAUAGAAAAAUGGGGGGAUAUAGCUGCUCAGAAGAUUUCAGAGAACAAGGAGGCCUGUGAUGAAUGUUUAGAAAGACUCAGAGAAGUAAGGGCUCAAGGGCCAUCUCACUUUGAGCUUCGUUGUUACAUUUACCAAGCUAGAAACCUUUUACCACUGGACAACAGCAGCUUUUCAGAUCCAUUUGUUCGCGUGUCCUUUCUCCAUGUGAGUCAACACACAGAAAUUCUGCACUCCACCCUAAACCCAGUCUGGGAUCAAACCAUCAUUUUCAAAGAUGUGGAGAUUUAUGGCAAUCCCCAAAUUAUUCUUCUGAACCCACCAGUUGUCACUCUAGAGAUUUUUGACCAUGACCAAAUGCAACCUGAUGAAUUUUUGGGAAGAAGUAUGUCUUACCCUAAUAUAAUACUGGAUCGAGGUUCCUGCAGUACCAGUGUUUUACAAUGGCUUCCUGUACAGAGAGGUUUAUUUACUAAGGGGGAGCUCCUCACAGCAUUUGAACUGCUUUUAAAAGAUGAGAACAAUGGAACCAUCUUACCUGAGCUACCUCCAGAGAAAGAUAAUGGAUUGUACAUGAUACCUCCAUCAAUCCGACCAGCACUGAGGAUGACUGCCAUUGAGAUGUUAGCCUGGGGAGUUCGAAACAUCAGAAGCCAUCUUAUAACUGUCAGAUCUACUAGCCUGAUAGUAGAGUGCGGAGGGGAGAUGCUUCAGACACCACCAAUAAAGAACAUGAAGACAAACUCUAACUUCCCCGUUAAUAACUUCUACAUGCAGAUGGUCAGUAGGUGGCAGCAGAUGUUUGAGAUGAAAGACAAUGAAGCUGUUGGAAUGAGCAUGGAGAAUUUUGGAAUGGAAGAAAAAGCCGUUUCUGUGGAGAAUGGUGACACAAAAGUUGUUUGUGACUUCAGGGUGGUAGUACCAGUAUUAAUGUCAGUGGCAGAAGAAAAUGAACCAGAAAAGGCAGGGCAAUUUAGUGGAGUGGGAUAUAGUAUCUCCUUCCUUGAUGUGGAUAUAGUUAGGCUUGGUAAUGGCUUGCUGAAUACAGCUAUUUAUCGUAAAGCAUGUUAUAGGAACACCCUACUUCAUAGGGAUAGCAUGCAUCCUCCUUUUGUUUUCAAGAAUUUAGUAAAGGGUCAGGCCAUGAAGGCCUCGACGCUUAAUGCGACUGAUGAUGGCUUUGAGUUGGAAAUCUCUAACCUCAAGGGGAAGUUAUUGGAGAGGUGUUAUAAACAGAGUGAAGUUGAUGAAGCUAUUAGUGCUGCAAAUUCUCUUAGGACAACUAGAGCCAGACCAUAUUUUUCUGAAGGAGGGUCUACGGAGGAUCAGGUGCAGAGUCCUUUUAGUACAGGAUACUUGAGGGUAUCAAUGUUCUACACUUUGAAUGUAGUUAAGAUCAAGGAUGUAUUCCAGAAGUAUUGGGAUAUACUUCUGUUAGAUCAGAAUAUAAGUAAAGUAGUAGGACCUAAACCAGGUUAUGUUUUUAGAAAUAGGAAGAAUUUGAAGCGUAUGCUCUGUCAACGUCCACUAGACAGGGCUUUCCAUCAUUCCUCCAUUAAUCUAGAGAAUACACAUCCUUGUAUGAAGUGUAAACAAUGUCCAUAUAUAGAUGAGAGGUCCUCGUUUGUACAUCUCGUUACAGGGGAAGAGUUUACAUUUCAUACUAUUACUAAUUGUCAGAGUGAACAUGUAGUUUAUUUAGCUAGGUUAGAUCCAGCUGUGAUUUCUACAUCUUUGCCAGCUGGGAAUAAACUAGUACUUUCUUCCAGUCCUUACUCUGUGGAUAAAAAAGGCAAGAUGUUGGACAGAUUUGCAGAGAAGCAUGUAAAUCCAGAAAGAUCACAAAUGGAAAUGGAAGACUUAAUUAUACCAAGGUUAGAAUUAGAUGAUGCUCAAAAACUAGCAGUUAAGAUAAGAGGAGACAACAUAAAAAUGGUGAUGUGUAAUCAAUAUGCAGGGCAGUCUCCAGAAAUAGAUGGCAUUCCUGUGCUGCUGCCAGUGGAAGAGAAGUACUGUCCUCCAAUCGUACUGAAGGUGAUUGAGAUUGGUUUUGGGUUACUUAGUUCAAAACAUGUUGUGGGACAGACAACCAUUUCUUCAUUGAAAGAAUUCUACUGUGACCCUUAUGCACAGGAAAACAUUCCAGUUCUUCCAACUCAAGGAACUACUAAUUCAGCCCCUGUGUUUACAUUGUUCAAAGAACUAGAAGAAGAAAGUCUAGUUUCUGGUUAACCCUGCCAGGAUAUUAUAUUAAAAAAAAAGAAUUCAUUACCCUUGGUCUCUUCCAAGUUAGGAGAAAAGGAGACAGACUCAGCAGACUGGUGGACUAAGUUCUAUGCUUCAUUAGACGACAAUGGAAGAUUAGAAGAAUUAGAACAGUAUCUGCAGAAAGGAUUCGACACUCUUAAGGUAUAUGAUUGUGAGCUGGAAAAUGUCCCAGAAUUUAGAAGCCUAGAAGAUUUCUGCAAGUCUUUUAAGUUGUACCAAGGACAGGCAAGAGGAGAAAGUGAAGAAAAGGCCAAGGUUGUGGGAGAAGUUAAGGCUACAUUUCGAAUCUAUCCUCUUCAUAAGGAUCCCAGUGCUCCAUGCCCCCCUCGUCAAUUCCAACAGCUGCCUGAGAGCACUCCUCAGGAAUGCCUCAUUAGAGUUUACAUUAUUCGAGCAUUAAACCUGCAUCCAAAGGACAACAAUGGAUUGUGUGAUGCUUAUAUCAAGAUUGCAACUGGAAACAGCAUGCUUGAUGACAAAGAACAUUAUGUUCCUAAGUCCUUGAACCCAGUCUUUGGCAAAAUGUUUGAAGUUUCUUGCAUCAUCCCCCAGGAGAAAGACUUGAAGAUAUCAGUCUAUGAUUAUGAUUUAGCCUCUUAUGAUGAUGAGAUUGGAGAGACUGUCAUUGACCUAGAAAGCCGGUUCCUGUCUCAGUUUGGUGCUCGUUGUGGCCUGCCCCAGACUUACUGUGUCUCUGGAGUCAAUAGAUGGCGAGAUCAACUUGAGCCAGUGGAAAUUCUGGAAAAUUAUACUAAAAUGAAGAAUCUUCCAAAACCAGUCUACACUGUGAAUGGAGAGAAAGUGACAUUUGGCAGAUGGACUUUCCUACUCUCUGAUUUUGAGAAUAAGCUCCCCAGCCACAGUCAUUUAGGACCACCAAAGCAGCGCCUUGCUCUUUAUGUGCUCAAUAAACAGGGGCUGAUACCAGAACAUGUGGAGACUAGGGCUCUGUUCAACAGCAGCAGACCAGGAAUAGAGCAGGGUAAACUGCAGCUGUGGAUUGAUAUCUUCCCUAAAAGCUUAGGUGUUCCAGGGCCACCAUUUGACAUCAGCCCAAGAACCCCAAAAAAAUACGAGUUACGGUGCAUCAUCUGGAACACCUGCAAUGUACUACUCAAAGAUAGCUUUUUAGGAGAAAAGAUGAGUGACAUAUACAUCAAAGGAUGGAUUGCAGGAUUGGAAGAAGAUGAGCAGAAAACAGACAUUCAUUAUAGGUCAAUAAGCGGAGAAGGGAGUUUCAACUGGAGGUUUAUUUUCCCCGUCAUGUACAUACCUGCAGAACAUGUUGCUGUCUUUUCUGUGAAGAAUCAUUUCUGGAGUUUAGAGAAGACUGUAAGGAAAGCUGCACCCCAACUGCGGAUUGAGGUCUGGGAUAAUGACAAAUUUUCAAGAGAUGACUACAUAGGAUUUUUAGAACUCAAUCUUUGCAACCUUCCUGCUCCAGCCAGGAAAAGCAGAAGCUGCAACGUCAAUAUGGUGAAACCUACGCAAAGAAAAAAGAAGAGUACAAAAACACAAAACAGAAUUUCACUGUUUCAGCAAAAAUCCAUGAGGGGUUGGUGGCCUGUUGUGAAGACAGAAAAUGAUGAGUAUAAAUUAGCGGAAUAA